AGUUCCUCUCACUUGUAUUUACUCACAAACUCCUCUCUUUCUUGGUUUCUUCUUCAUCUUCCACCAUUUACAACACCUCACUAAUAUACCAAAUCUUUUAAGCAAACAUUUGACUCAUCAUGUCAAUGUCUUGCUUUCAACUCUCCAAAGAGCUAAAAGGGGAAGAAAUGGAGUUUACCAAGGAUGGAAGUAUUGAUUUGGAUGGAAAGCCAGCAAUCAGAGAAACAAGUGGAAAAUGGGUGGCUGGAACUGUGAUACUUUUGAAUCAAGCUUUAGCAACUCUGGCAUUUUUUGGAGUUGGAGUGAAUUUGGUGUUGUUCCUCACGAGGGUGCUGCAAGAAAAUAAUGCUGAUGCUGCUAAUAGUGUGAGCAAAUGGACUGGCACAGUCUAUAUUUGCUCCCUUGUUGGUGCUUUUCUUAGCGACUCUUAUUGGGGAAGAUUCAAAACUUGUGCCAUUUUCCAAGUCAUCUAUGUAACUGGAUUGGCAUUACUAGCACUAGCAUCACAACUUUACUUGCUCAAACCUAAAGGUUGUGGGAAUCGGACGACUCUAUGUGGAGAGCAUUCAACGAUGGAGAUUGGUCUAUUCUACGUCUCAGUGUAUAUGAUUGCUCUAGGAUAUGGAGGUUAUCAGCCAAAUAUUGCUACUUUUGGGGCUGAUCAAUUCGACGAGCAGCAUCCACAGGAGUCUGCAUCUAAAGUUGCUUUCUUCAGCUACUUUUAUCUGUUCAUGAACCUUGGAUCACUUUUCUCGAACACUAUUUUAGACUACUUUGAGGAUGAAGGAAUGUGGGCUCUUGGUUUUUGGGCGUCUGCAGCAUCUGCCUUUGCAGCAUUAAUGCUUUUUCUUGGAGGCACUGCUAGGUACAGACACUUCAAGUCUAGUGGCAACCCUCUUGCCAGGUUUGGUCAAGUUUUUGUUGCAGCAACAAAGAAAGGUAAAGUGGAGACACCGGAAAAUGAAGACGACUUCUACCAAGGGGAAGACGACGAUGACACAACCGGUGGUAGAAAAAUGUUACACACCCAUGGUUUCAAAUUCUUGGACAGAGCAGCUGUGGUGACAUCAAGGGAACUAGUUGACAACGAGAAGCAGAGCAAUCACAACCCUUGGCGUCUAUGCCCUAUUUCACAAGUUGAGGAGGUUAAAUGCAUUUUAAGACUGCUGCCAAUUUGGUUAUGUACCAUUAUUUACUCUGUAGUUUUCACGCAAAUGGCCUCACUCUUUGUCGAGCAAGGUGAUGCCAUGAAAACUACAAUAGCAAACUUCAGGAUUCCAGCAGCAAGCAUGUCUACCUUUGACAUCCUUAGUGUAGCAGGUGUCAUAUUUCUCAACCGCAGAGUUCUUAAUCCACUAGUCAGUAGGUUUAAGAAGUGCAAGGGUGACCAAGCCGGGCUAACUGAACUUCAAAGGAUGGGUGUUGGACUAGUCAUAGCAGUAAUGGCUAUGCUUUCAGCAGGAAUUGUGGAGUGCUACAGGCUAAAGUAUGCUAGUAAUGACUGUAAACACUGUGAAGGCUCAAGCUCUCUUAACAUCUUCUGGCAAGUCCCUCAAUAUGCUUUUAUAGGAGCUUCGGAAGUAUUCAUGUAUGUAGCCCAGCUAGAGUUCUUCAAUGCACAAGCACCUGAUGGACUAAAAAGCUUUGGAAGUGCACUAUGCAUGACAUCGAUAUCAUUGGGGAACUACGUGAGUAGCUUUCUAGUGAGCAUAGUGAUGAAAGUAUCAGCAACUGACAACAUGCCUGGAUGGAUACCAGGAAACCUUAACAAAGGUCAUUUAGACAGAUUCUAUUUUCUAUUAGCUGGUUUGACAUUAAUAGAUUUGGUUGCAUACAUUGCAUGUGCUAAGUGGUACAAGAAUAUUAAGCAUAGUGAGAAGAUUCAGGAAAACGAGGAAGAGGACAAUUGUGAAGUCUAACAUACCUGAUAUGGAUAAUACCUUAGGCAUGUUUUGCCAGAGCCAUAUGAAUAAGAGGAAGAUACACAGUCACCACAACAACAUUUUGUGUAGAGUUUCUGAUUGGUAUUAGGAUUUCCUCCCUCUCCAAUGCUCAAACUCAGUCACUUCAAAAUACUCAGCUCUGCAGAAUUCUCCAUAGAGCUGGACUGCUCUUAACUUCCUAGUCCUUCCUUUCUCGUUGUUGCUGCUUUUGUUUGUCCCCUCGUGUUAGUGCUAGAAUUGACAAGUAUUUUGGAUUGAUAUGUAAAUGGAUUGGCUUAUCCUGUAUCCAGGAAACUGUUGAAAAGUACUGCCGUACCCCAAAAAUUCCAUGUCUUAAAAGAUCUCAUUAAUUUCAUGUGUAAUUUAGUUC